AUGAGAGGCUCCGAAGACGACUGGUGGUUCAAGUUCCAGAACGACAAGCCAGGCAUUCCCCAAGCCCAGGUCCCGGGCGAAAACCGCGCCGACGACCAGAGCAAACGCACCUUGGUCAAGCGAUUUCUUCAUUCGCUGAUGUACAAAGUCAAGGAGAGGGUGGACCCGCCCCGCAACUUCUCGUUGAACACUUUGAAGGCGUCUGCGUCAGUUUCAGGCACCAUGCUGAAACAGCUGGACCAGUCGCUGCUGAUUUCCCGGUCCCAGCUUACAAACCGGCGCAUCUUGUGUGUUGCCGGCUUGCCGGCCACAACCAGCAUGGCCACCACCAUGUCACUCGUUUGCGGCGGCGGCUUGGAAAAGGUCGUCUUCCACGACGGCCACAGUCCCACGGUCGAGGUCCAUUUUCUUAGCCCAGAGAGCGCCCACAAGUUCCACGAGUACAGCGAGCGCCUGCCGCUUUUGGCCAUCAAUGGCUACCCGCUCAGUGUCACGUGGGCCAAGCCCACGCGCGGGCUCCCCGCUGGCCAUGCGCCGCUUGCAUCGUACGUGGCCGAGGAGGUGGAGGGGUACCGGGCAUCACGUGUCAUCGUGUUGACCCGGCCCGUGCCCAAAAGGCAGACCGAUACCGCGGCUUCCCGGGGCUACCCGGACGCACGCGACAACUACUCGGCGGACCUAAAUAUCGAGAAGGUCAAGUGGGACUUUGUGCAGUUUGGCGGCAUUGUGGAGGUCAUGCCCAUGAUCCUGUCGAAGCUCAGCAUCAGCAUCCAGUACACGGACAUCCGCAGCGCCAUUCUUGCCAUGCACACCCUAUCACAGAAGAGCUCGUUGCUUUACUCCAAGUACAGUCUUUGGUCGGCCAAGUAUGUGCGUGACGUGACCAACCGGCCAUGCCUCACAGUGUGAAAAGCUCUUGAGGGUACUCUCGGUUUGCUUCGGAGAGCUUGCUUACACCACUUGUGUUGACAAGUCUGAUCUUGGGCUUGGCUCGACUAUCAAAGGCU